AUAUAAUGCUGCAGAGUACAGGGAAUCUGGUAAGUUUUCUGUACCUACUUGUGUGUCAUCACUCAUCUGGAGUCAUCUUGCAGCUCUAUAGGACCUCAAGAAAGCUUGACACGUGGAACUCUGACAAGCCUCAAUUCACUAAUACGCACCCAAGGCGCAUUUUAUCAUAAACCGCCACUUCCGCCGCCGCUUCCGACUCUGACCAACGCCUCACUUAUAACUCACCAUACCCAAAAACAAAAAAAAUAACAUGUUUCUCUCUCUUUUACCCUCACAUCACUCCUUUACCCUUCACCCCCAUGCGCACUUUAGCCCAUCACCACUUCCCAUGUCCAUCCUACGCCGCCUCAACCUAAACCUUCGCAACUACCACCGCCACCGCCGAUUCGCCACCGUUUCCGCCGCCGUACGCCAGGACACCACCGUCUGGACCAACGCCCCGCUCUCCGAGGUCGAGCCGGUCGCUGAGUCCCUCUUCCACGUCACCGUCGACUUGUCCGACGCGCCCGAUCUGGCCGCGUCCCACACUCGCGCCGGCCAGUACCUCCAACUCCGAGUCCCCGACGUACCUAAGCCGUCGUUUCUGGCCAUAGCGUCGCCGCCGAAGCUCGCUUCCGCGCGUGGCGUGUUCGAGUUCCUCGUGAAGAGCGUGGCGGAGUCCACCGCGGAGGCCCUGUGCGCGUUGAAGAGAGGGGAUGUGGUUGAGCUCAGUCAGGUCAUGGGAAACGGGUUCGACAUCAGUCGGAUCGACCCGCCCGAGAAAUUCGGUACCGUUCUCGUCUUUGCCACUGGAUCCGGAAUUAGUCCAAUUCGGUCACUUAUUGAGUCAGGAUUUGGUGCUGGCAAGAGGUCUGAUGUGAGAUUAUAUUAUGGGGCCAGAAACCUUCAGAGAAUGGCUUAUCAGGAUAGAUUUAAAGACUGGGAAUCUUCUGGUGUGAAGAUUGUGCCUGUAUUGUCUCAACCAGAUGACAGUUGGACUGGAGAAAGUGGCUUUGUACAGGCUGCGUUUACACGAGAGAAACAAAUAUCUAACCCUUUGUCAACUGGUGCUGUCCUUUGUGGGCAGAAACAGAUGACUGAGGAAGUUACAUCUAUUCUUGUUGCUGAUGGAGUUUCAGCUGAGAAGAUAUUGAAGAAUUUCUGACCAAAAUGGAAUUUGGGCAAUGUUGUAUGAUUUUUGAAUUAUAUCGAUAAUUUUUUAUUUAUUUUGGUGAAAGAAUUAUACUCCAUAAUUAUUUGUUCAUUGCCGUUGCUGAGGAUCAAGCAUCUCAGCAUGGAAUGUACAAUAAAAAAACAAUUUUGGAAUGUAGUCCGAUACAAGACAGAAAUAAUCCGAUAUAAGACAGAAAUAAUCCCAGGAUUAAAAAAAAAAAAAAAACUUCGAAGGGUUGAUCUGCUUUACUCUUUCAAAGCCAAUCUUCUUUUGUU